GUGAGUUACUUAAUUUUAGGUCAAUUACAAUCUUACUCCCAGGCUAAAUUAAAUUUUAAGAUAUCUGCUUAAUUUAGUGUAUUUAAUUCUAGUGCAAGUGUCGUUCUUUCAACUUUUAUUCGCUGAUUCCACCAUUCCAUUUUACAUAACCUGACACUUAAACAAUGAGUCGCGGACCUUCCGUGGCUGUAAUUGGUGGAGGUAUAGCGGGCUUGGUGUGCGCCAACAGACUGGCUCAGCUUGGUAUUUCCAAUGUUGUUGUGUUUGACACAGGUAGACAUGGCCCAGGAGGCAGGUGCUCUAGUCGGCACGUGAACAUCUCUGGCAGGCUACAGACCUUUGACCACUCAGCUCAAUACUUCACUGUAAGUGAUUCAAGGUUUGCCAAGGUAGUCUCCUAUCUGGACAGAAAAGGAGCUAUAAAAAUAUGGCAUGGAAAACUUGGAACAUUAAAGAGAGGCAAAUUUACUGAAGAUAAGAACUUAACACAGGCCUUCAUUGGGAAAACUGGAAUGGAGGAUAUUCCUAAAUGUUUAGCAGAGACAUUGAAUGUUAAACAAGGCACUUGGGCUGGAAACGUUGUAUGGGAAGGCACUGCAGGAAAAUGGAAUGUGGACAGACAUGGCAUGUUUGAUUAUCUAGUGAUUGCACACAAUGGUAAAUGUGCAGAUAAACUCAUGUCAAAUGCUGGUGCAGCAGCUGUUCACAAGUUGACUCAGGUGCGAUUUAGUGAUAGACUGAACCCAAAGGACAAGAGAAUGCACUUGUGCUCAAUUUGGGCCCUUCUUGUAUGCUUCCCCAAAUCACUGGAGCUCAAGUUUGAAGGUGCACAUGUGUUUGAUGAUGAAGAUAUAUCUUGGUUGGCCAACAACACAGCAAAACUGUCUAAUGGCCAUCAGUCUCCGCAGCAAGAAUGCUGGACAGUCUUCAGCACAAGGCAGUUUGGAACCAAGCACAAGUGUUCUCAAGAGAACAUUCCACCUGGGGUGGAGAGGGAGGUUAAGAGCCGCCUACUGGAGGGGGUGAGGCGUGUUAUUGGCGUGACCUGCCUUCCGGAACCCAUCUACACCCGUGUACAACUGUGGGGUGCAGCUGUCCCUCUCAAUGUCUUACAGGGAGGGGAGGAGUGUGUGUUCGAUGGUAGAUGUAAUGUGGGCAUUUGUGGAGACUGGCUGACCUCCCCCUGUAUUCAAGGAGCUGCAGUCAGUGGUCUUGCUCUUGCUGAGAAGAUUCACAAGCAUGCUACAGGUGAGAAUAAAUCCAGCACAUCAAUAUUGCCGGAGUUUAAAGCUGCAGAUGGUGAAGUUAUAGGAGCAUUUCCAACAAACUCGCAAAUGGUUUUCCACAAGACAUGAUGAAGAAUAAAUUAUACAUGUAGUUGUUAGGGGCUGAACCUGCAGUAUGACAAUAAAAAUGGCAGUUAUUAAUAUUAUUGUUUAGGUUGUUUGUUAAGAAGUUAUUAUAUAGCAAAGUGUUGUUGUAGGCGGUAGUGUCAUGCAAUAGCUAAUUAGCGAAUGAUUUUGAUGGAAUUCAGGGGAAUUUGUUUAGAAGGUCUCAGUUGGCAAAAUAUAAAAAUAAUUGAAGACUCAAGUACGAAAACAUGUAUUCACAUUAUUUGUUGUUAUGAAAACCUUUACCUUUUUGUACAUAUAGAAGUAUUUUAUAAAUCAUCAUAUUCUUAUGAGACACUGUUAUGUCAUAUGCCCAUACUGUAUACUGUAAAUGCACUUGCAGAAUAUGUCAUAAAAAAAUAUGCUUUUGAGACAAUUCUUGUUUGCUCCUUGAUCAAGUGAGAAACUGACAAAUAAGGACAAGUGUUGGUAUCCACUUCAGGUGCUACAUUUCUGGUGUCUCUAAAUAUGGACAGACUCAAUAGUGUUAUUAUAAGCUUUUUAUUUGCUUUCAUUAUGAUAUCAUAAAUUAAUUAAAUGUUGCUUAAAGUUGGACAUUCAUUGAACAGGUAUCAUAUCAUACAAAUGACUCCAAGGCAUAUAUUCCUGCCUUUAAAAAAAGAUGUAAGCACUUAUACAUCACCUAUAAUAAUCUAAACAACUAUUUUUAUGAUUUGUAAUAUAGCUGUUGUUCAACCUUUAACCAACAAGUUUUACUGUUCAGAUAUUUAACCAAAUUUUCCUAAGCCCUAGGUAAUUAAAUUGGGUAUGACGUUGGGUUCAACCAGUUGCCUUGGCGUCUUCAAUUGUGACAUGGUGGUUACUUGGUCAUGGAUAAGGGGAUUAUGAAAUAUUGCGUGUAAUUUGGCUUGUUGAGGCUGCAGCCAUGCAUAAGGUUUUUUACAAAAAAUCUUGGAACAAAUGUUCACCAUGACAAGACAGUGGUUUGUUAUGUGCAAUAUGCAGGUCUGAAGUCACACUUAAAUGUUGUUGGUCAAAAUUCAUUGGCUUGUCCGGGCUUAAAUUUGGCCAUGCAUCAGGGGAUCUUAAAAUAACCUGUCACAUAUGUUGACCAUGACAAGGUGGCGUGCCACCAGCAAGAAACAUGUUUGUUGGUCAAAGGUCAAGGUCACACUCUAGGGUCACUGGUGAAAUUUGCUUUAAGAUUAACUUGUAAGACCCAUAUCAGUAGUUCAACGCACAAAAUGGUCAUUGGUAAAAAUUCCUUUAUUUUGGCUUGUCCUGGCUGCAGCUUGUGUUUA